AUGAGACCCUUUGACAGUGGACACGAAGAUUUGAUACACGACGUUGCUUACGAUUUUUACGGAAGAUUCGUUGCAACAUGUUCAUCAGAUCAACACAUUAAGGUCUUCAAAUUAGAUAAAGAAACUACUAAGUGGGAAAUAAGUGACUCAUGGAAAGCUCACAAUAGUAGUAUUGUAUCGAUUGAUUGGGCUAGUCCGGAAUAUGGACGUAUCAUUGCAUCUGCCUCAUACGACAAGACAGUAAAAAUAUGGGAAGAAAAUCCUGAUCAGAAUGAAAAUUCGGGUCGUCGUUGGAAUAAAUUAUGUACCUUAAAUGAUUCUAAUGGUUCUCUUUACGAUGUCAAGUUUGCUCCUUCCCAUUUAGGUUUGAGAUUGGCAUGUAUCGGUAACGAUGGUAUUUUAAGAAUAUACGACGCUUUGGAACCUUCUGAUUUAAGAUCGUGGACUUUAACUAUCGAAAUUAAAACUUUACAGACCCCACCAGCUAACAAUUUACAAUCAGAUUUCUGUUUAUCGUGGUGUCCUUCGAGAUUCUCUACAGAAAAAUUGGCUGUAUGUGUUCUAGAUCAAGCUCUUAUAUAUCAAAGGGGGAAGGAUAAUAAAUUCCAAAUCAUAGGAAAAUUAUUAGGACAUAAGGGUCUAGUAAGAAGUAUAAGUUGGGCUCCAUCUAUUGGUAGAUGGUAUCAAUUGAUUGCCACUGGUUGCAAAGAUGGGAAAGUUCGUAUUUACAAAUUGACCGAAAGAUUAGGAAACGGAGAAUCUAUAUCUGAGUCAAGUGAUAAUCUAUUAGUUGAUGGUACACCAGAUAAAGAAAAUUUAGAACCAACUUUAGAAAUUGAAUUAUUAAGUGAACAUGAUGAUCACAAAUCUGAGGUAUGGUCUGUCUCUUGGAAUUUAACAGGCACAAUUUUAAGUAGUGCAGGGGAAGAUGGUAAAGUCCGUUUAUGGAAAUCGACAUAUUCUAAUGAGUUUAAAUGUAUGUCGGUUAUUAAUGCACAACAGUGA